AUGUCGGGAGAGACGGAGAUCGAGGUGUCGGUGGUCUCGGAGGAGGACCUCGACUUGGAGACGUCGCGGGGCAGCCCAACGCCGGGGGACCUGCUGCAGGACGGCAAAAACGGCAAGUCGAGCUGCCUGUCGUCGACGACGAGCUCCUUUGGCUUCGACGUGGCCAAGGCGGCCCUGCGCCCGGCCUGCAAUCCCCAGUACACGUCCUUCAGCAUAUCCAGUAUCCUGGGCCGGGCCGAGUCACCCCCGUCGGACACGGCCUCGGCCGGCCGGGCCUCGCCGCUCUCCAACCAUCACCACCACCACCACCACCACCAUCACCAUCACAAUCACCACAAUCACAAUAACCACAGGCCGCGGUCGCAGAGCCCCAAGAGGAUACUCUCGCCGACGGCCCUGCGCGGCAGUGCAGGUGGUGCCAACAGCGCACCGAGCCCACUGAGCGUCAGCUUCGCGCCGACGGAGCCUGGCAACUCGCCCCUCAUCGGCCAUCACGCCUCCUCGGAUCUGGCCAUGCUGUCGAGGCUGGGCCUCAUGUCGUCGCUGAUAGCGAGCCGCUACCCAGUGGGCCUAGGGGUGGGUAGCGUCUUCUUCCCGUCGACGCUCCAGCACCUCCAGCACCAGCAACACCAGCACCACUCGGCAGCGCGAUUGGCCGCAGCGGCUGCAGCCUCGAGUGCCCUGGGAAACUCGGAGAUCGGCGAGACGGAUGGCACGGGCUUGCGCUCGGUGUUGCCGGCAAACUCGGCUGCCUGGCCCUUUCCCUGGAGCAGGCCUCACGGACUCCAGGGACUCGAGCAUCCUUCGCCCAGCGACGUGGCUUCCAACUUCUCCAGGAUCAGUCCCACUUCGGCGUCGUAUCCUCAGCGUGCAGAAGACCUCGAGGACGAUGCAACUACGGACGACCGGGUGCGCCGAUCCCAUAGUCCCAUGAGCGCCGACGACGAGGCCUCGCACGACGACAUGGCCGACGUGGACGACGGUCCCGACAACGACCCCGACCCCGACAACCCCUCGAGAUCCGGGGGUAGCUUGCAAUCCAGCAACGGCCAAUCCAUCCAGGCAUCGGGUAACAACAACAACAACAACAACAACAACAACAACAACAACAACAACAACAGCGACUCGAACAGCAUGAAGCGCAAGAAGAAGACGCGCACCGUGUUCUCGAGGACUCAAGUCUUCCAGCUCGAGAGCACGUUUGACAUGAAGCGCUACCUGUCCUCCUCGGAGAGGGCCGCUCUCGCUACCUCGCUGAGACUCACCGAGACUCAGGUGAAGAUCUGGUUCCAGAAUCGGCGCAACAAGUGGAAGCGCCAGCUGGCCGCGGAGCUCGAGACGAACAGCAUAGUUCACGCGCAGCGGCUGGUGCGCGUGCCGAUCCUUUACCACGAGGCGUCGGUGGGCUCGGGCGGGAGUAUCGGGCCCCAGGGUCCACAGCCGAGCUCCGUGUCGGUGAGCUCAGCGGCGUCGGUCCCGGGCCUCGCCCACCCGGUCCCCGUGACCGGCAAUCCAGCCCAGGCCCAGCCGAUGUUCUACCCGCACCACCACCACCACCACCACCACCAUCACGUGCAAGCCGCCGCCGCUGCGGCCCUCAUGGCCCAUCACGUGCAACCACCACCACCCCCGCCCGGCUCCCAACAACAGCAGCAACAGCAGCAGUCGAGCGUCCAGGUGGUGGCGACCUCCUCGCAAUAGAGACACCUCCCGCGCAUUGUGUUUUUUAAAUAUGGUCUCGGGGCUCGUUAGGAAAAAUCGGUAUAGAUGAAUGUGGGUGUGUGUGUGUGUAUAGGGGGCUCAUUUCAUGUGAUUUCACGCGAGU